UCCGGAUGUUGGAUCUCCCUCGGCCUAAAGUCUCACCUCACAAAACCGAAUUUCGUUUGGGGACAACAAAUCCUAGUCCUACACCUCCGCUCAGUCGCUCACUCCCCUUCUAAAUCCUGUCUCUUACACCUUCAUAAUGGCCGGAAAAGCUGCUCCCUCUUCUUCGUACGACUCCCAGGAAAUCAAUGAUUCAGUAAUCAAGCGUAAGCCUGAAAUCCAAGCUUCUGAUUGUUCUACAAUGAAGAAAACAAAACUAGAUGCCUCAGAAAAUAUGGAGGAACAGCAACCAAAAUCAAGUUGUGCAAAUGAUGCGAAAUCUGCUGGUAGUUUCGUUACCAUCGAAGCUGCUGCUGCUGAAGAUAAGGGCUCCAGGCAUACUAUGGAGGAUGCCUGGGUUGUGUUCCCUGGUGCUAAUGCUUAUGACUCCGCCAAAUUAAGAUGUGCACACUUUGCUAUAUAUGAUGGACAUGGAGGUCGGCUAGCAGCUGAAUAUGUGCGGAACCAUUUACAUUCUAACGUUCUUUCAGCAGGAUUACCACGUGAGUUGUUGGAUGUCAAAGCUGCCAAAAAGGCGAUUCUUGAAGGUUUUCGUACAACUGAUGAAGCUCUUCUUGUAGAAAGUGCAGCUGGUGGUUGGCAGGAUGGUGCUACAGCUGUAUGUGUAUGGAUACUGGGACAAACAGUUUUUGUAGCUAACAUUGGAGAUGCAAAGGCAGUGGUGGCGCGAUCUAAUAGCACUAUUGACCAGAAUGACGCAGAUGAUUUCAGUCCAUUGAGGGCCAUUGUUUUGACAAGAGAACACAAAGCUAUAUAUCCGCAAGAGCGUGCUCGAAUACAAAAGGCUGGUGGUUCCGUUAGCACCACUGGACGCUUGCAGGGUCGUCUUGAAGUUUCUAGAGCUUUUGGGGAUUGGCAAUUCAAAAAGGUGGGUGUUAUUGCAACACCACACAUCCAGUCAUUUGAUCUCACUCAAAAAGAGCAUUUCAUCAUUCUUGGCUGCGAUGGCCUUUGGGGGGUGCUUGGACCUAGUGAUGCUGUUGAUUUCGUGCACAAGCUGCUAAAAGACGGUAUACCUGUUGCUGCUGUGUGUCGCCGGCUUGUCAGAGAAGCCGUUCUUGAUCGAGGUUGCACUGAUAAUUGCACUGCUGUAAUCAUUGUUUUCAGUCGCAAGUGAGACAACGUUGAUCAUUGUUUGAGAAAGUAGGCAUACUAGUCUGGGCUGGUAAGUUUAAUGAGCUGUGGGGCAUGCCAGUAGACGCUCCCUGCAUGUCUGUCUAAAGAUAUGAACUUUUGAUAUUAUGCUGUGCAAUCUGUAUCCUGUACAAUCACUUAAAUCUUAUGGCCUCGAAUGCUGUGGUCUUGAAGUAUGUAGUUUAGUGUACUAUUAGAUAAGUGCGUUUUUAUGAUCAUAAUUUGCUGAAGUUGGCUUGCUGAA